UCAGGGCUCGCCUCGCCAUUGGACAGCGGAGUUUGGGGCGAGGCAGCCCAUUGGCUGAAAGUUUUUUUCCAGCUCCGACGGUUGCGCGGCCGUUGAAGCGGGCCUGAGACGCAGCGUCCUGAGGGGAGACGCGGCCGGCCGUGGAAAUGGAGCGAGAGGCCGGUGGCGGCGGCGGCGGCCCGGAGGUUCAUGAGCAAGAACAUUAUUGUGAGGAAGAAAUCAAAGAGUUGCACACUAAAUUAAAGGAGCAACAACAGUUGCUACAAAAAAUGGAAGCUACACACAAAGAAGAGAUGCAGCAAGCGGAGGCUCUUCAUAAUCUUAAACUGGAAGCUUUAAGGCUAAGUUCAAAUAACACACACACCUCCCAGUUGGAACUGAUGCAGACUAAUCUGAGAAAAGAGAAAGAAACUGCCCUCAUGGAGUUGCGUGAGAUGCUCAACGAUAAACAUGCUCAAGAAGUAGCAGUUCUACAAGGUCAAUACCAUUUUGAGCUGGAGCGUAUUAAAGAACAGAGUGAUAAGGAAAAAGAAGAAAUGGUCGUGAAACAUCUAGAUGACAUGGAUAAACAGAAGAAGGAAAUAGCUCUGGAAAUGGAGAAGACACACACCCAGCUCUUAGAGAAUCUUAAAAGAGGAUGUGCAUCAAAUACAGACCUCACUUUAAAAAACUUGCAUGAAGAGUUAUCUGUGAAAUAUCAGAUUGAAUUAAAUGAGAUGGAAAGAACCCUAAAUGCAGAAAUUGAAGAAGUAAAAAGAAAGUUGAAGAGUCUUUCUCUUGAAAAAGAGCAGGUUGAAAUGGAGCAUGAUAUCCUGAAAAACCAGUAUGAUCUGGCCAUGACAAAGCUGCAGGCUGAAUAUGAACAAAAGUUGGAAGAUAUGAAAGAGCAAAGCAAGAAACAAGAAGAAGAAUUACAGCAGGAGAUGGAAAAGCUAAUGGCUAUGCAGGAAAAACUAAAAGCAGAGUCAGAAGAAGAAAUCAAAGGACUUUGGUCUCAACUGGAUAGUGCUCGGACAAGUCGCCAAGAAUUAAGUGAGUUGAAAGAACAGCUGCUUGCUCGCACUUCACACAUGGAAGAAAUGGAAUACCUGAAGAAGGAUUUUCAACUUAAAUGGGAUAAAAAAAAAAGUGAACAUGAAAAUGAACUGGAACAAUUAAGACUUUAUUUUGAACAGAAAUUAAAGUCUGUGGAAGAAAACUACAGAGAAGAAUUAACAAUGCUGCAUCAGAGGCUUCGGGAAAUGAAAGAUUAUUCCCUAUUAGAGGUGGAGAACAGCCAAGAUCUACAUGUGGAAUUUGGUUCAUCUGCCAUAUUUUCAGAAGAGAUGACCGAAAAGGAGAGACAUGAUCUAUUUGAGCAGCUAACUCAGCAACUGGAACGCCACAAGGAAGAACUCUCUUGUAUACGGUUGCAUUUGGAUGAUAAACACAGAAGUGAGGUAGAGUUACUAAGGUCUUCCCUCACACUUCAGUAUGAAGAGAACCUAAAGAAAAUGAAGAUGGAUCUUUCAGAUAGAUUCACUUCUGAAAUGGAGCAGCUGAAAAGAAAACAUAGUUUAAGUCUUGAACAGCUCCGUGCCAAAAUGUCAGAAGAGCACCUCAGAGAAAUUGCUAAACUUGGUCUACAAAGUGCUCAAGAUGCUGCGCGUCAAGUAGAAAUGGAAGUGGCUGAGCGAUGCUUGGCACUAGAAAAUGAGUACAAAGCUAAACUUUGUGUUCUUCAGGUUGAGACCCAAAAAGAAGACAUAGAAGAAUUGAGGAGAGAAAAUACAAAAUUAAAGGAAAUUAGUGUGUGUCAAGAAAUGCAUUGGAAGGAGGAGCUGGAGCAGAUUAAACGCAAACUCAUUGAAGAUCAUGCAAAUGAAUUACGCAAAGCUAGAGAGGAGUUGCAGGAAAUGGAACAGACUCAUAAAACAAAAGCUGAAGAAUGGAAACGAGAACAGGAGGAAUCAAGAAGAAAGGCUGAAGAGAAACUGUCAUUGUUGCGUAAAGAGCUUGAAAGCAAGGCAGAGUGUGAGAAGCGAGCCUUGCAAAAGCAGUCUGAAUUUCGUGAAGCUGAAAUGAUUUGGCUUCAGCAGCAGCAGGCUGCUAGAAUUGUAGAACUGGAGAAAUCCUUAAAGGAGCAGCAGAACUGCGUCAGGCAGCUGGAGGACACUUUAGUAAAUGCACAGAAGACUUUGGCUCAAUAUGACAGUGAACUAACUUCCACCAAGACCCUCAUGACUGAAGAGUUAGAAAAAGCCCAAGAAGCAUUACAAGAAGAGUGGAAAGCUAAACUUAAAGAUGCACAGAGCAGAUUGGUGGAAGAGCGUGAAGCUAUUACUAAAAAAAUCACAAGAGAACAUGAGAUUCUCUUUCAGGAGCUGAGGGAAAAACAUACUGAGGAGCUCAAUCUCCAAAGGACAGAAUUGCAGCAUAAGCAUAAGGAGCAUAUUUCGUCCCUGACAUCCAUUCUACAGACAAAGCACCAAGCAGACACUGAAACGCUCAAGUCUGUAUUUGAGAGAAAUCAGCAGGCUCUAGAAACUCAGAUAGUAGACAUGCGGAAUAAUCAUCAAGCACAAAUUACGGAACUGGAGACUAAGCAUUUAUUAAAUUUGGAUUCUCUAGAGUCAACAUAUAUAUCUGAAAUUCAGCUCCUGCAAGAUGAGCACAGGCAAGCUCUUGAAGAUUUGUGGGUAGAUUUCAGAGACCAGUUGCUUCAGAAAGAUAAGGAAAAUCAAAUGUUUUUGGCUCAAGUAGAUGAGAUGAAACUUCAACAUGUUGAAGAGCUGCAGAUUUGCCAAGACAAUCUGAAAAUAGAGUUGACUACAGUUCACAUGGGAAAACUUAAAACAAUGGCAGCAGAACUAGAAGCAGCACAUAACGAAGAUUUGGCAGUAGUGCUAGGAAAACAACGACGUUUGUUGAAAGAUGACUAUCAUAAUGCCCUGGAUGUGCAGCGGGAAGAAAUCCACCAUAUAGAGGAGCAACAUAAAAAAGCAAUACAGGAACUUCAAGAUAUUCAUUUGGUGGAAGUUAAUCAAGAAAAAGAGAAUUGCCAGCAUCUUCAGAAAGAGAUGGAGGAGAAAGUCAAAUUCUUAGAACUAGAAGAUGCUGAUGCUGAACUGAGAAACCUCCAGCAACGAGACAGAGAGAAUCAGGAAGGAGAGACUCUAAUGGCCUUACUGAGAUCUGAUAUGGAGAUUUGUACUAAUGAAAGGAAAAAGCUGCAAGAGUCUUAUCAGCAUGCUUUGAAAUUGCUUCUGAAAAUGGUGAAGGCUACAAAAGAUACUGAAGACCUCAUCUACAAGAAGAUUGGUCUUUGUCUUGAUGAGAGUCUAGCAUCUGGAGAUUCAGGAGAGAGUCGGAGUAUAAUUGGAGAAAUAGUACUUGCACAAAAUCGUAAAACUGUGGAGAAAUUGGGCAUAGAGAAAAGCAGUAGAGAACACAGCUUUGAUUCUUCGUUGCCUGAUGAAGUAUCUGAACUGAGUGAGCAUUUAUGUGAAAGUAUUUUUGAAAACCCAAACCUGGUGUUUGAAAAUGAAGAGAGGAUUCAUAAAAUUUGUCAUUGUUUGCAUAUUGCUGUGGAAAAGCUCCUAGAGCUGGUUGCUGAAUCAUCUAAACAGCUGGAGGAAACUCAAAAAACUAAUAUUCACUAUGAAGAGGAAUUAAAGCGUAGGAACUGGGAAGCAUCUCAGGUGGUUCACGAACGCCAAAAGCUAAUGGAAUGUCUUAAUGAAGAAAGCGAGGCAAAGAAUAAUCUGGUACUGGAACUUCACAAAGCAAGAGGCCUCAUUGAAGGCUAUUUAACAGAAAGACAUACCUUGGAAGAAGCCUUGAAACUGAAAGAGGAGUCUGAAUGCCAUCUUGUUGCAGAACUGGAGAACUUGAAAGCAAAGCUCCAAGAGUUAACUCAGGAACAUGCAAGAUCUCUUGAGGAGCAGAAGCUGCUAAUAAGUCAGAAAAAAGUGUUGGCUGCCAAUGUAGGGGAGAGAGAAGAUGUUUUACUCAAGGAAAUCGAACAUCUAGCAAAAGCAAAGUUAGAACUGCAAUGUCAAGUAGAAAAGGACUGUUCCACCUUGAAUUCUCAAAUGAAAAUCUUGGAGAUGGAACUUGAAGAGCAACUAAACAAAAAUCAGAAGAUAACAGCCCUGUCGUUAGAGGUUACUGACCUGAAGCAACAGAUUCAAGCCCUUGAAAGACAGCUUAAAAACCAGCGAGAUUUCAUGGAUAAACAAGCUGUGGAACGGGAACAUGAACGUGAUGAAUUUCAGGAAGAAAUUCAUAAACUUGAAAUGCAGUUAAAAGUGACAAGAAAAUCCCAAACUUCUGAGCAGUCCAGAGUGUAUGAGGUAGAGACUCUCCACAAUGAAAUAAAAGAGAAAACAGAGGAUUAUAAUAUGCUUUUCUUAGAUAAAGAGCAGAUACAGAAAAACCUUGAUGUUCAAAAAGAAGAAAUGGAAAAGCUGGAAUCACGAGUCAGAGAACUGCAGUUUAUGAACAGGGAAGAAGCAAAGAAUGUCAAUAAACUCACGCAAGAGCUGCAAAAAAUGAAAAAAAAGGAAGCAGAACUAAAACAAGAUAAAGAAGCAUUACAGCAGCAGCAGUAUGAUAAUUUAAUUCAGAUUUCUACACUGCAAUCCAAAUUGGAUGAAAUCAGGCACAGAGUACCUAGGGAAGACAGCUUGGAUCAUACACUAAUGGAACAAUCGAAAACACAAGAGGAACUUUUAUCAAAAAAUAGAAAUGUACUUGAAAUUGAAGACUUGAAGUCUGUUAUAGAGCAUCUUCAUGAUGACAAGGAACAAUUGCUAAAGGAUAAAACAGAAGAAAUAGAGCAGCUGUACAAAGUAAUUGAGAAGCUUCAAAAUGAAUUGACUCUUCAUGAAAUUCGUGAUAGCCCAGACAGUCUUAGUAACGUUGCUCUAGUAGAGCAGGAGGAGAACCUUCAUAAUCAAUUGAAGAAAGGAUCACCACAUCAUCUGGAGAGCAGAGAUGAGGGUGACAGCUGUCUGUUACUUAAUUCCAGCCAGAAACAGAUUCUGGAACAACUAGAAAGUCUUUUGGCAGACAGAGAAACCUGGCAACAGCUGCUUGAAGAAAAAGAAUGUCAGUUUCAAGCAAAGAUAAAAAACCUAGAACAAAAUGUUCAAGAGUCCUCUAGGCAGCACUUCACUGAGCUAGCCGCUUUACAGCUACAGUAUAAAGAAUUACAGGAAGAACAUAAGCUCCUGAACAUGUGCUUAGCUCAAAAAGAAAGUGACAUGACUGUGACUGCUUCUUGCAUUCAGGAACUUAAAGAUAAGCUGCGAGACAGCGAAAUAAAGCUUACAGAGACAGAAAAACAGUUCCAAGCAGUGUCAGAGCAGAAAACAGAGCUGGUAGUUGAAGUAGAGAACAUACGAGGAAAGGUGCUGCUGCUUGAAAAUGAACGACAUGUCUUGGCACAAACACUGCAUGACAAAGAGGCCACUUAUCAGAGGGAGAUUAGAGAACUUCAAACCGCUGCUGCAGAACUCAAAUCUCAGAUUGAGAAAAUGACAGAAGAACUGGAAACAGUGAGAUCUGAGAAAGAUUUUUUUCACUCACAGUUGAAAUCCUGCAGGGAAAAGGGUCAAGAUAAUGAUAGUAAGAAACUUAAACUUAGUGAGCUGGUGCCAGAACCCAUUCCCUACAUCUCUUCUGAAGAAAUUGAGGAAGGGGGAGAAGAGAGAGGACCAAAUAACAAGUCCUCAGGAUCAGUGGAAUUUUCUUACAGAGAUGAAAUGGAAAAAUAUAUUACUGUGACUAAUCUGAAGUCUUCUAGUAAAAAUCUUAAUAUUCAGGAUACACAUUUUCAAGGAAUGGUUCUGGCUCAUGGAACAGAAGUAACAAAUGCUGUUAAAGAACACCAAGAUCCACAACCAGUUUUUCAACAAAUGUUGCAACUUAAUCAUGUUUUUCAAAGCACACAAUUCAGUCAAAAGAUAACAGAAAACUUUGAAAGCAGGGUCAUAGAUAAGACUUCAUGGGACUCACCUGAGAUGAUGCGAAAAGAGAAUAACAGCAUGGAGCUCCAAAUAAGUCUUCCUUUAACACCCUUUUCAGAAGUUGAUGGUAUGCACAGCAGAGGCUCUGCAAGCCUGUGCUCAGAUUCCUCAGUCCUACAGGGAGACAUCACAGGGUUGUUGGAGUGCCCAAUUUCCUAUUCUAAUGGCAGUGAAGAAAUGGCGGCAUAUCUCCUUCAGUCUCAACAUUCCAGUCUCCACAUUGCAGCCUCGGCAAUCCCAGAAGCAACUGACUACAAUCGUGCACAAGAAAAUAUUUCAGUUAGAGAUGCUGAAGGCUUCACUCUGUUGCAAUCCAAGCUGCAAGAUGAUCUAAAAUCAACGAUGUCCAGACGUGAGGGUGCAAGCACUGAGUAUGGCAGCAAUACUAGUUCAGAUUUAGUUCUUCAGCUUAAUCAGGAAGAUCCAGAAACUAUUUUACACCAAGAUAGCAAGAUCAUGACUUAUCUGCAGUGCUUUGGAAUUGUUCCAGAUAUCACGGAACCAGCAAGAAAAGAAAGAGAAGUGUUUUCACAACAGUUGAAGAAUGUGUUGAAGAUGGUAUCUGAAGAGAGCUACAAAAUACUGGUUUUGUCAGAAAAAUCUCUGCCUCAUAAUGAUAAAAAAAAUGUACAGAAAUCUCCAUCAAAGGAGGGGUGGCAAAAAGAGGGUCUAGCCUUGCUUGAUACAGUUCAGUCACUGAAGGAUUACCUCAACAAAGUACCAGAUAAAGAAGACAAGGAAAAUACACCUGCUUUUUUUGACUGGAGAGGAGACCUACUUCAAGCAGUCCAGUGUGUAUUGGAAAAGGAGCGAAACAUGUUACAAAGCUACUUACAGACACAUUUUUGCAAUCCUGGCUCUGGAGACGAAGGAUCAUUAAUAGAAAAGCUGGAACAUAUAGUGGAACAACAAGAACAACAGCAAAAGCUAGUUCUGGAGCAUCUUCUUUCUUCAGAUAGAAACAGCUUGCUUACUGAAAUACAGGACCUUGAAGCAGAGUUGCGACUGAUGCAUCUUCAAAGCCAGGAGAAGCUGCAACAACUCCAAGAAACACUUAUAAAUACAGAGAAUGAUCAGAGUAAACAAGAACAUCAACUUCGAAGGCAGGUUGAAUUACUAGAAUAUAAACUUCAGCAGGAGAAAUCCAUUGCAAGUGACUUGCAGGCUUCUCUAAAAAGUGAACAAGAGAAAUCCUCUGAGAUGCAUGAACUACUGAAACAGGAACACAGCGCAAUAUCGAACUUGAAAUCAGAUCUCUGUGAAAGCAAGCAAACAAAUGAGAGGCUCCAAAAAUCCCUCCAGGACCUCCAGGAAGACAUAGUUAAGUACAGUUCUGCACUGGAAAAUAAGGAGAAAGAUAUGACAGCUGUUCUUCAAGAAUUCCAAAAUGAACAAGUUAAAGAAAAAGAACUACAGCACAAGUUAGAUGAACAACAACAGCAGCACAAGUUAAAAGAGGAAGAAAAAUCAAAAGCAAUAGAGGAGUUGCAAGCUGCCUUGGAACUACAGUGCAUUCAAAACAACCAACUGUCUGUGGCUUUAGAGCAUGAACAGUCAGCAAACAGUAAUCUCCGUAAAGAACUUGAGAUUGAACAUUCUCGCUGUGAAGCUUUAUUGUCCCAAUAUAAAAAUAAACUCUUGGAACUGCAGAAAAGUGAAGAUGUUGAGAAGAAUCGCAGUUUGGAACUUUUAAGUGCUUUGAAACAUGAACGUAUUUUGACAGAACAGCUGAGCAUGAGAAUAAAUGAAUGUGGGUCUUGCAAGCAUAACGAUUCAUUGCAGGAACUGAAAGCUCAGUUGUACAAAGAGAGGUCCCAUGCUAGGAAUCUUUUAGCCAUAAUUGAGAAGACGCGGCAGCAAGUACUUGAUUCAAAGAAGCAAAUGGGUGAAAUGCAGAUGCCCUCUGAACAGCCUCCGAAAGAACAGGAGCUCCACACCACUUUACAGGCCGCACAGGCUGCUCUGCAAAGUCAAAAAGAGGACAUUAUCCAUGCCUUGAAGAUACAGACAGAGAAAGAUAUACAAAUGAGAAAGAAAUGGGAUCAGCUGCAGUCCAUUCUCAGAUUACUGAGGGAGCAGGAAAGAGGGACAGAACAAAGAAGAAGAGAAAUGAAGCAGGAACAACAAACAGAAUUUGGCAAACUGCAGGAACUACAGGAAGCUGGAGAAAAUCUGCAUGAGUUGGAAUUGCAACGUUGGCAGAACACUAGAAGAACAAAGGAUUUGCAACAGAUUCUAGAACACUUGGAGAAACAGGAAAGAUACCUUAAUUGUCAUAAAAAUCAAGAUGAACUUCCUCCAUGUCCUUCAAAAAAUCAUUAUACCAACUUUACAGCAGAUACAGUAAUGCUCCAUGUGGAGCAGCAGAAAUUAGAAAACAUCAGAGAACAGUUGCUCAUUGCUGCAGGUUAUCUUUCUGAGUUCAUAUACAAAACUACAGAGCGAACAGUUAACUGGCCUCCUUCAAAUGAUGAAGCAGUUGCAGCCUUGUUGCAUAUAGUUGAGGAACUUAAAGCAGAGUUACUGGCCUCCUCCAAAUCUCCAAUCAAACCUACAUGUGUUAUUAACUCCAUGCAAGAAUCGGAAGGGACUGCUUAUCAGGAGGAGAAACCUAUUUUGCACAGUGGCUUGCGAAGAACAGAGCAUGAAGAAACGAAAACUAAUGUUGUGGCAGAAAACAAGUCAGCAAUGUCAUCUUCCAAUCUGAAGAUGCAAAAGUUAUACAGGAAGUAUUUGAGAGCUGAGAGCUUUAGGAAAGCUCUGGUUUAUCAGAAAAAAUACCUUCUGCUGCUUCUGGGUGGAUUCCAAGAAUGCGAGCAAGCAACCCUGUCCCUCAUAGCGCGCAUGGGCAUCUAUCCUUCUCCUGAUCUGACCGUCUCUGAAUUACGGAGCCGUUCCUUUACAAAGUUCAGGUCUGCGAUUAGAGUUGUGAUUGCAAUAUCAAGGUUAAAGUUUCUGGUGAAAAAAUGGCACAAAGUUGGCAGGAAAGAGAUGCCGUCGGAAUCUGUUUCUCCAAGCGUUAGACACAAUUCAUGUACCAGGGCUAGAAUCGAGGUGCUAAAGCAGCACGAGGUGUUCCCAGGUGAUGGAACUCAGGAAGCGAGACACAGCAGCAGGAGCAAUCUCUUGAGUCUUGGGAACUCCUCCCCUAAACCACCACAGCAGCUGCAUAACAGCACUUCUUCAGCUUCAUCUAAAGAUCCUGAACAUUCAUUAACUGAAUAUAUUGCUCACUUGGAGGCCAUUCAGCAGAGACUGGGAAUUAUUAUGCCAGGACAAUCUCGACAAGAGAAACUUUGAAAGUGUUGAGAUCACAUCUUUGACAUGAACUACAGAAACUUUCAGCUAUUGCUUUCUUCUCCAGUGAACACCUUGCGCAAGCAACACGUCUGCAUGUACAGAAUCUGUCAACACUUUUGUUCAGUUGAAUAAAAGUGCCUGUGUUUGCUGUAAUUUUGCAUCAUGUUUUUAUACAAAGUAUUUUUUUAUAAAUUUUAGUGCACUUUGGGUCUUUCAGGAGAAAGUAAUAAUGCUUCAUGGUUUUUUAUUUGGAUUUAUUAGGAAGUUGACAGCUGAAUGUGCCAUGCUGUGUUAUUAUUAAGACAAGUGCCAUAAUGUCUCUGUCAGUGCUUCUUUUUACUAAAAUUCUAAAAUAAUUCAGUUGGAUUUCUCACAAACCAUUAUUAAAAAAAAAACCUUCUAAAUCCUUACUUAGAA